UAGGGUGGGAUGGGAUCUAUGGGAUGGGAUGGGAUGAGAUGGGAUGGGAUCCAUGGGAUGAGAUCAAUAGGAUCCAUGAGAUGGGAUGGGAUCCAUGGGGUAGGAUGGGAUUUCAUCCAUGGGAUGGGAUGAGGUGGAUGACAUUGGAUGGGAUCCAUGAGAUGGGGUCCAUGGGUUAGGAUGGGAUGGGAUGAUUUAGGAUGGGAUUUGAUCCAUGGGAUGUGAUGGGUACAGGGAAGGAGCAAACUGGGGAAUUUUGGAUCCACAGGGAAGGGAUGGGAAAAUGUUGGAUCCAAGGGAAGGAAUGGAUGGAUGGAGGAUGGAUGGAUGGAUGGAUGGAUGGAUGGAUGGAUGGAUGGAUGGAUGGAUGGAUGGAUGGAUGGAUGGAUGGAUGGAUCAGGGACAGGCUGGGGCUGGGAUUGGUCCGCAGGGAGGGUGCUCUGGGCCUGUGCUGGAGCCUCCCCAGGGAUGUUCUGGAAGGUUCUGGUUCCCCAGGGAAGGAGUGCUCCUUCGAGCAGCUGGAGCACGUGCGGGAGAUGCAGGAGAAGCUGGCGCGGCUGCACUUCGGGCUGGACGUGUGCGUGGAGGAGCUCCCCGAGGAGCAGAAGAAGGCAGCGGCUGACAGGAACCUGGACCAGCUGCUGGCACACCUGGAAGAGCUCAGCAGCUCCAUACAGAAGCUGCACCUGGCCGAGAGCUCGGACCCCGAGGACGCGGGGCCCUGACCCCGGCCCUGUCCCCGUCCCCGCCAUCCCCGGGAGCCCCGCGCGGGCCCGGCCCUGUCCCCGCCAUGGCGGCGGCGGUCGCGGCCCGAUGACGGCAGCAGGCGGCGCCGGGGCCAUGGCGGCCGCGCCGGGCCCGCGGGCCGGGGCUGAGGCUGAGACCGAGGAGCGGCGGCGGCUCCUGCGCUCCGUGACCCGGCUGCAGGCCUGUGCCAGGGGGUUCCUGCUGCGGCGGCGCCUGCGGAGCGUGCGGGCGGAGUUCGAGGCCGCCGUGCUGGAGAUCGAGGGCGACCUGAGGCAGCUGCGCUGGAUCGGCCGCGUCCUGCAGCGCCCGCGCUUCGGCCCCGAGGACGCUCCCGGCCCGGCCCCCACAGGAUUUGGCGCUGCCGGUGCAGCCCGGCCUGCCCAGCACUCUCCAGGAAAACCUUUGGAUUCAGGGGAGGCUGCAGAGAACAAAAAAAGAAAAAAAUGGGAGAAGCUGAAUCCUGGUGGAGCAGAGCGGGGUGGGAACAUCCCCCCCUCAUCCCCAAACCCCAAAAACGCCAAAAACCCCAAAAACCCCCAAGAUUUGGGGUGUGGUGCUGCUGAAAUCCCUGAGGAGGAAGAGGAGGGAGCCCUGGAGUGGGACAGUGACAGCAGCGAGCUGGGAGCCAGCACAGAAAUCCCAGAGGAAUUGCAGAGGCUGCCCCGUUGGGAGCUGCAGGCCCUCAGGACUCGGCUGCUGCUGGAGCUGCUGUGGAUCCAACAGGCCAUUGCCAGCAGGAAACACUUCCUGCUGCUGAAGCAGAAGUUGGGAGUUGCUGCCCAUCCCUGCAGCGUCCCCGAGUUCCCGGCCUGCUGUGGAGAGGCCCUGGGGCUGCAGCAGCCUCAGCUCUGAGGGCACAGGGACAGCUGGGGCUGCCCCACCCGGAAAAUGGAACAGAAUCCUGCUGGGGCUGUUUGGUGUGAGCAGGAGCAGCCAUGGCAGGGUCCUGGGGGGAUCCUUCCCUUCCCUUCCCUUCCCUUCCCUUCCCCUUCCCUUCCCUUCCCUUCCCUUCCUUCC